AUGGAAAAUAUAAUUUCAGGAAACUCUAGCCUUGUUGAGAUCCCAGUUGUUGCAGUUGCUCUCAUAGCAGCUACUGCAAUUGUACUACUGCACUUCUGGUGUAAAUCAUCCAGGCAUGUUUAUCUAGUUGAUUUCAUCUGUUACCAGCCACCUGAAACUCAUCGAGUUCCAAUUUCUAGCUUUAUAGAACAUUUGGAAAGAUCAACAAGUUUCGACAGCGAGGCGAUUGAGUUUCAAACCAAAGUUAUUGAAAGAUCCGGCAUAGGAAAUGAAUCUUAUCUACCCAGUGGGAUGCAUUUGUUUCCAUCUGAUGGUUCGUUGAAUGCCACCAGGGAAGAAUUCGAAAUGGUGUUGUUUUCGAUUGUCCACGAACUCUUUUCCAAGCACAAAAUAAACCCCAGAAGCAUAGAUAUUUUAAUUACGAAUUGCAGUGUCGUGUGUCCUACCCCGUCUGUAGCUGCAAUGAUAAUCAAUAGAUUCGGACUCAAACGUGAUGUGAAAUGCUAUAAUCUCUCUGGAAUGGGGUGCAGUGCAGGAAUCUUAUCGAUUUCAUUAGCCAAAGACCUGCUCAAAGUCCACAGGAAUUCAAUGGUUCUUGUCCUGAGCAUGGAAUCAGUUUGUUCCAUUAUGUACCAUGGGAAAGUCAAGUCUAUGUUGCUCGCAAACUGCCUGUUUCGGAUGGGCGGUGCAGCUAUUUUACUCUCGAAUCGGAAAAGGGACAGACUCAAAUCCAAAUACGAGCUGAAAUAUUUAGUUAGAACUCAUCUCGGAUCUAAGGAUAGGGCAUACAAGUGUGUUUUUCAGGAAUCUGAUGACCAAGGCAACACAGGAGUUUCCUUAUCAAGAUCAAUCCUGCAAGUAGCCGGCGAAGCCCUGAAAACAAACAUCACAAACCUGGCAGCUUUAGUACUCCCUUAUUCGGAGCUCAUCCGAUAUGGCUCAUCGUUAACCUGGAGGAAAAUCUGGCCUCCUGCAAGAAAAAGAGGUCCACACAGUCCCAAUUUCAGGAAGGCUUUUGAGCAUUUCUGUCUGCAUCCUGGAGGUAAAGCGGUGAUCGAUGCAAUCAGGGAAAACCUGAAGCUGAAAGAGCGUGAUGUGGAGGCUUCAAAGAUGACACUGAAUAGGUUUGGAAACACAUCUUCUUCAUCAAUCUGGUAUGCUCUUGGGUACCUUGAGGCAAAAGGUAGGGUUAAAAGAGGCGAUAGAAUCUGGCAAGUGGGGCUUGGAAGUGGAUUCAAAUGUAACAGUGCAGUCUGGAAAUGCAUUUCAAACCUGAAACUGGAGAAUUCUAAUGUUUGGUCAGGAUGUAUUUACCAGUACCCUGUUAAGGUUCCUGAUGUUAUUGAUCAUUGA